AUGCCUCCCAAGAAGUCCACCACCCCUUCCAAGCCCAAGGCGUCGGCUUCUGCGCCCGCCCAUGGCUCCUACAUCGACAUGGUCAAGGAUGCCAUCAUCAACCUCAAGGACCGCAAUGGAUCAAGCCGUCAAGCCAUCCAAAAGUACAUCAAGGCCAACAACCAGCUCGGCAACCUGACCGACGUCGCCUUCCGCGGCCAUGUCAACCGUGCCAUUGCCUCUGGUGAGGAGAGGGGUGACUUUGCGCGUCCCAAGGGCACAUCUGGGCCAGUCAAGCUUGCUAAGAAGGAGGCUAAGCCUGCUGCUGCCACCAAGAAGUCUGACUCCAAGGCGGAGAAGAAGACUACUGAGAAGAAGACUGAGAAGAAGACAGCCGACAAGGCCACUGACAAGCCCGCCGAGAAGAAGACAGCCGACAAGGCCACUGACAAGCCCGCCGAGAAGAAGACUGCUGAGAAGAAGGAGAAGAAGCCUGCCGCCCCUAAGAAGGAGAAGGCCACUGCCACAAAGGAAAAGACGGAGAAGAAGCCUGCUGCCCCUAAGAAGGCCGCUGGCGCUGGUCGUCCCAAGAAGGAGAAGACCGAGAAGAAGACUACCAGUGCUGCUAAGCCCAAGGCCAAUGCCAGCAAGCCUCGCAAGACUGCUGAUAAGCCCAGUGGCGACGCUGACGUGCUCAACAAGACCAAGUCUGGCCGCGUGACCAAGGCUAAGCCUGCUGCCGCCAAGAAGGCCGCUGGCACAACAACAAAAAAGGAGCCCGCAGCCAAGAAGGCUGCUGCGCCUAAGAAGGCCACGACACCCAAGAAGAAGACGACGCCCAAGAAGGCUUCACCAAAGGCGGCCGUCAAGGCAUGA